GAAGGGGCCCGCCCGCCCGCGGUCACUCUCCUGCCCCCAGCCGCCAGGGACGGGAGAAGGGACCAGCGGCGGAAAUCCCCGGCUGCGCUACGUAGGACAGGAGGGAGGAGCUGGCUCAGCCCGGGCACUGCCCAGCGGCUCUUUCACUGCUUCUCCUGCCGCCGCUCGCCGAGGGACAGUGCCUGCGCCUCCCGCCGAGUCCCCGAGGCUGGCUGAGCAGCGCCCCGCGCCGCGAUGGAGCCGAGAAGCUCUGGACUUUGGUUACUGUUUCUUUGUGCUCUAGGAUGCGUUAUUGCAGAGGAAGAUACGAAAGUUAUCAGCACAAUAGGCAGCACUGCUGAACUGAGCUGCAUUUAUCCUCAAGAGAAAAAAUUCAUUUUAAAUAAGCUACGCGUCUUUUGGCAAAUAGCAGAUGGUUCAAAACUGUGUUCAGUGGUACACACCUUUAAUUCUGGUCACGAGAACCAAAGCGAGCAGUGUGCAGACUUCAGAAACAGGACUCGAUUAUUUCAGGAUAAGCUGGAAAAUGGCAUUUUUUCUCUGCUGCUGCUAAACGUCAGCCUGAGAGAUGAACACACGUACCGGUGCAUAGUACAGAAGAAGGACGUAGUUUUCAGGGUUAUUCACAAUGCAGAUGUGACCCUCAAGGUAGCAGCCAAUAACAGCUUGCCAGUACUAAGUGAACCUACAGGAAACUGCCCAGAUAUUGGAGAAAAGGUGACAUUAAGUUGCAACUAUAGCCAAGGAUACCCAGAGCCAAACAUUUACUGGAUAAAUAGAACAGACAAUAGCUCCCUCCAUCCAUCAUCAUUAAAGAUCAUCCAAGACAAUGAUGGCACAUACAGUGUUUUCAGCACACUGAAGAUUGAACCAAAUUCUGAUAUAAAUGUAGGAUGUAUCAUAGAAAAUGAACUACUACAGCAAAAUCUAACUGUCCUCUUCUCGAAAGACGUCACAAACCCUAACCCGACCAGCAGCGAUCGGUUAUAUCUAAAUGAACCGGGAGCUCAGGCUGGAAGUGUCCUUGCCAUUGCCAUUGUGUUAGCUGGUCUAGCUGUUUUAACCUGCUGGCUGUGGAAAAGGAAAUCCCCUCACCGGAAAUCAUAUGCAGAUGUUCAACAAAAUGAAGAUGGAGCACAGCACAAUACACACGUUUAAAUGGGAAAUUCUCAGAGAAUUUGGGCAGCUGGUGAUAUACCAAGAGAAUGCUGAAGCUAUGGAUGCUAUGUUGAAGCCAAGGACGGCAGCAUUAUCUGCAAUAUGAAUGACAUAGUGUUUCCAGAGCAUGGGCCAGGUCAAAUGGCAAAAACCUUCUCUGACAGAGGAGAGAGCAAAAUCCACCUGCUUUGGUCUGCCACUUCUAAACAGCCUUGUGCUGGUUUCAAAAUACCUGUGUGAGUGAAAGGUACAGUUGUUCCCAGAUGCUGAAGCAUUGCUUCAGGAAUGAAAGACUGCCAACUGUUAUUUUAUCAAUCUAAGAAUUCCCUACUAGGAGAUAAGCAACUGUGUUUCAGCAGUGCUGACAAUUCUCUCUGCCUUUGAGACUUUUCAUAACGAUUACUGAACAUGAAAAAUGGCAGCUAGGCAAGUGAAAACUGCAAGACUGCGUAGAGCAAACUUUGUUGCCUGUUUUACUUCUUCCCCUUCCUCCAUGCAUCCUUUCACUGUUUCUGGGCAGCAUCAAUGGCAACACAAAAAUAUCCUGAAGCUUCCAACUUAGACAUGCAGAGGUACCGGUGCCUGUAGCUGAACAAAACUUUUGAGUAUGAACAUUAGAAAGCCUUCUUUUAUUUCAGUUUAAGUGUGCAUUCUACAUUUUACAGAGUACUCGAUCAAAAAGGGAGUGUCCAUCAGUUGACAGAGCACAGAAAUUACCAGGAUUCCUAGGAAUUGCAUAGCACUACCUUAGCAUUGUCUGUGCUGAAUUCAGAUCAGCAGUUGCCUGUGUGCAUAUACUUUAGAGACUGGACAAAAAAAAAACAUAGUGUUAUCCUCAUUUUGGCAUGACAAGCGUCAACCGCUCCCUGUUGCGUUCUAGGAUACUGGAGAUUUGAAAUACAAUCUUCCUGCACUCCCUUCCCCUCCCCCACCCAUAAAAACAAGUGUGUAGCAUAUACAGUCACAUUUGCCCUUGAUACAGCAAGAACAUCAUUAACAGAUAAAGUAAAUGUGUGGUGAAAUCAGGGCCAUCCUUAGGAUUUAUGGGGCUCCAUGCAGUAUUAUUAAACCGGUGCCCCUAUGCCUGAUGGCAGCCUGGGCUCACAUGUGUAUUUUAGAUAAGGGGGGUCUUUUGAAGGAUUUAUUUAAAAAAAAUAUGUCUGAAGAUCCAAGCAUUUAAGGCUAAAGAUGAAUACUCAGACUGUGCAUCUAAAAACCGGGUAGGGAUUUUUUAGAGAUGUGAUUUUAUAAUCUUCAGCAACACACUAAUGAAAUAUUUUUAAAGCAAUUUUUAAACUAAGGUCCUGUUGUGUAGACUAACAUGUUCUGAGUAAAUUUUAGUCAUGCACAACUGUUUUUGGCAGUAAAUUCAGAAACUGACAGUAGAUACCUGGGGGUUGGCAAAUGCCUUCAUUACCACUUGAAUGGCUCUUUGACAGUUUCAAUGUUGUGCUAAUAGGUCUGGCAGGCUGAAAGGCUUUUUCACGUUUACGUACUGGACCCCCUCUAGAGGAAGAGUCACCAGGCUGCAGCAGCCAGCUGUGGUGGGAGCUGCAGGAGGGGUCAGAUAAGAACAGGGAUAGGAAGAGGCGGGAGGGUGGACACGAAGACCCAGGGUGCCCCAAAUUUUCAGGUGCCCUAUGCCUUGUAUACUACAUAUGCCUAAGGACGGCACUGGGUGAAAUAAACAGAUGCCAUGGCCAGGGGUCCUGCGAGUGAAAUAUGUAAAAAUCAAAGCAACUAAUUUUUCCCAACACAUAGGGUUUUGAAGGAGGAUUAAUUUGUUUGCUUUGGGCAUCUUACUCCCUCUAUAUCCAUCACCAUUCUGAAUUGUACCACCUUUAUGCCAUUUGAAUGAAAGAAUCAUAACCCUGCUUUUCCAAACUAUGCUGGGGAUAUGGCACCAGGUGGCAAAGGUGGGUUAGUGACCUGGCUUUUCAUCUUCAAAUCCUAGUUAAAUUAAAAUAAAUGUGGUGGCCACAUUCCAUCAUUGUGCCUAUUACAAAACCAACUGAUGAUCUGAUCUGGGUAGGAGUGUCUGCUGAAGCAAUAGUCAUGACUAGGCUAACAAUGCAGUAAGAACAAGUUAGAUGAACCUGUCAGGACUUGUGCCUCAACACCGGGGGAUGGAAUAGAUCUCCUCUUGAGGUCCCUUCCAGCCCUACACUUCUGUUAUUCUACCGGCAGAUUACAACACCGGCCCAAUUUUUUGUAGGAAGAUUGCACAGACUCAGUCUGCUCUGGGUCUAGCACAAGCCCCAAUUAGCACUCACUUUAAGGCAAACUAGAUUUGUUCUCAGAUUUUAACAGGAUGGGGAAUCUUUAGCAAGCACACUGUGCUGUAAGCAUAUGGGAAGAAGAGAGACAUUUAAAUACUUUAAUUUUUAAAUUGAUUUGUCCAUGAGCUUUAAAAAGAGAGUGAUAGAUGUGUGCUCAAUGUGAGCAAGAGAGAAGCCUGGUGUAUUUAUGACUACAAUAGAACCUCAGAGUUCUGAAACACCAUAGUUAUGAACUGACCAGUCAACACACACCUCAUUUGGAACCAGAAGGCAGCAGUAGAGACCAAAAAAAAACAAAAACAAAAAAAAGCACAGUAUUGCGUUAAACAAACUACUAAAAAAAAUAAAGGGAAAGUAGCAUUUUUCUUCUCUGCACAGUAAAUCUUCAAAGCUGUAUGAAGUCAAUGUUCAGUUGUAAACUUCUGAAAGAACAACCGUAAUGUUUUGUUCAGAGUCAUGAACAACCUCCAUUCCCGCGGUGUUCAUAAUGCUGAGGAUCCACUGUAGUUUAAAGAAUAUGAAUUUCAUGUUGCCACUGUGUUGCCUGCCUGUUGUCUGUGAUAACAGUGUAAAAGACGACAUGUGGAGGCAACAGAUGGCACAAGAAAGUGUUAUAUAGGUUGAGAUUUUGUUGGUUGGUUUUGGUUAUGAAACAAGAGGAUUUGAUGGACAAAAUAUGCAAUGCUUGAUCUCUUAAGGUCUCUGGAAGAAAUUCUGAGUUAUACUGAACGCUGUUCUUUGAGGGUUUUGGUUAGUCUAGCUUCAGCCUGAACACAUUGCACAAUGAUGUCUUUAACCGGAGCUGUUCCCCAGCUGCAAGCUUGAGGAGUUACACAAUAUUUUGCAGACAAGAUUAGAAGGGCGCCAUAAACUACUUCCAAUAGCCUUUUUCUUUUUCUUCCUGACUUAGACAUUGGAUCUUCUCAGCAGUCCAAAGUCUGUCUGUAUUUUGUUUUUACUGAUAUCUGGAGAUAUAUUGAUCAAAAGCUAUAAUGUUGAACUAGAUACCCUACAAAUGUGAACAAAAGUUGUAAAUAUGUCCAUUCCUGAAUGGUCCAGUACAGCGUCCUGCAGAUGUUUUGUUAUUAUCUGUCAGAUCAGAUAUGUUGGCUUUACCAGCCCCUAUGCCACUAUUAUGCCUUACACAUAUGUACCUUUUCUAAACGCACCUUCCUUUAGAAAAGGCCACACCUAUUAUCUGGAGAUGUAAGAAAUGAAUGUAGCAAUUCUUCUUAAUAGUCUUGUUAAGUUAAUAAUUUUACUUGAUUAGAUUACUGUACAGUGUGUAGCGAGUACUGAAUGGUGACAGCUUGCUUUUGCUAGUUUGAUAUAUUUGUUUGGGUUAUGUCUUCUCUUUCUGGCUGCAAAUCUUAGGUUACUAUUUUUUUACCAUCAGAAGGAUACAAGACUGAGUUGUUCAUUCAGUUUUUUUGUCCUUAUUAGUUACCAUAUUUAUGUUUCCAAUAAAACAAGCCCUGAUUUUGUUUGUCA